GAAAGGCUUACACAGGCAGGGGAGGAAACAUGUCAUGAGAGGUGAUGACACAGCCACGGAGACAUAUCCACAUCCCUGCUGACUCCCAAGUUCGCUGCACGCCGCCGCUUCUGCUGCUGCUGCUGUUACUGCGUCCCACAGAGGAGAGAGAGAGCCAAAGAUAGCCUCCGAGAUCUCCCCCUACCUCUCUCUCUUCCUCUCUUUUUCACUUUGUUUGUGGAUGAUGGGAUUUUAAUCAUGUGGAAGACAGCUGAGCGGCUCUUCUGGAUUUCGCUGACGUUGCGCCUGGUCCCGCCUGGCCUCCUCUGAGCAGGAUGGACACUCUGGAGUCAGAGCUGACCUGCCCAAUCUGCCUGGAGCUCUUUGAAGACCCACUACUGCUCCCCUGUGCCCACAGCCUGUGCUUCGGCUGCGCCCAUCGCAUCCUCAUUUCCCACUGUGCAACCAACGAAUCUGUUCAGAGCAUCGGCGCCUUCCAGUGCCCAACCUGUAGAUAUGUCAUUUCCCUGAGUCCGGAGCGUGGAUUAGAAGGACUUAAGAGGAACGUGACCUUGCAAAACAUUAUUGAUAGAGUUCAGCGGGCCUCAUCUUCAGCUGGGGUGCCUCUACCGCUGCCACUGCCUGCGCCCCACAGUGGGCCCAACUCUCCCGGAGAAGAAGGGAGCAACCGCUUGGCGCUGGUCCCAGUCAGCGCUGCCAUGUCUAGUCCGGGCACACCUCCUGAACCGGUCCAGUGCCAGUUCUGCGAACAGGACCCGCCGCAGGACGCAGUCAAAACGUGUGUGACAUGUGAGGUGUCGUACUGCGAGGAGUGCCUCCGAGCGACGCACCCAAACAAGAAGCCGUUUACCGGCCACCGGCUCAUCGAGCCCAUGCCAGACUCCCACCUCAGAGGGCUCCAGUGCCUGGAGCACGAGGAGGAGAAGGUGAACAUGUACUGUGUCACUGAUGACCAGCUGAUCUGCUCGCUGUGCAAGCUGGUGGGAAGGCACAGAGACCACCAGGUGGCAGCACUGAGCGACCGCUAUGAAAAACUCAGGCAAGCUCUGGACUCCAACCUGAGCAAUUUGAUCAAGAGGAACAAUGAGCUGGAGUCUCUUAUGGGGAAACUGAUCCAGACUUGUCAGCAUGUAGAGGUGAACGCGUCCCGCCAGGAGGGCAAGCUCCUGGAGGAGUGUGAUGUCCUGAUUGACAUUAUUCAGCAGAGGAGGCAGAUCAUUGGCAACAAGAUCAAGGAGGGGAAGGCACAAAGGAUUCGGAAGCUCGCCCAACAGAUCUCCAACUGCAAGCAGUGCAUCGAGAGGUCCACCGCCCUCAUCACGCAGGCUGAUCAGACACUGAAAGAAACCGAUCACGCUCGCUUCCUGCAGACUGCCAAGAGCAUCAAUGAGAGGGUUUCCAUGGCAACUGCAUCGACCCAAGUGCUGAUCCCUGAGAUACACCUAACGGAUACCUUCGACACUGUUGCCCUGGACUUCACCAGAGAGAAGAAGUUGCUGGAGAAUCUGGAUUACCUGACGGCUCCGAGUGCUCCGUGCAUAAGGGAGGAGUUGUGCACAGCUUCCUAUGACACCAUCUCUGUCCACUGGACGUCUGAUGAUGAGUUCACAGUGGUGUCCUACGAGCUCCAGUACGCCAUCUUCACUGGACAGUCCAACAUUGCAAGUCUGUGUAACUCACUGGAGAGCUGGAUGAUUGUUCCCAACAUCAAGCAGAACCACUACACGGUGCACGGUCUGCAGAGUGGCACCAAGUAUAUCUUUGUUGUCAAGGCCAUUAACCAAGCGGGGAGCAGGAGCAGUGAGCCGGGGACUCUGAAGACCAACAGCCAGCCGUUCAAGCUGGACCCCAAAUCUGCUCACAAGAAGCUGAAGGUGUCCCACGACAACCUGACAGUCGAGCGGGAUGAAACUACAUCCAAGAAAGGCCACAGCCAGGAGCGUUUCUCCAGCCAGAACAGCUACGGUGUGGUUGGAAACGUCUACAUUGACAGCGGUCGUCACUACUGGGAGGCUUUAAUUGGAGGGAGCACAUGGUACGCUGUGGGUAUAGCCUACAAAUCAGCCCCCAAGCACGAGUGGAUCGGCAAGAACUCGGCCUCCUGGGUGCUGUGCCGCUGCAACAACUCCUGGGUGGUCCGCCACAACAGCAAAGAGCUGGCCAUCGAGCCCUCGCCCCACCUGCGGCGCGUCGGUGUCCUGUUGGACUACGACGCUGGUUACGUGACCUUCUAUGACGCUGUGGGCUCCCAGCACCUGCACACGUUCCACGUCUCCUUCGUCCAGCCCGUGUGCCCCGUGUUCAAUGUGUGGAAUAAGUGUUUGACGAUUCUCACUGGUCUACCCAUCCCUGAUCAUCUGGAGGGACUGGAGCCCGACAACUGAAAACUACGGAUGGACAUGAAUAAAUCAGCAUGAACUGGUCUUAAUUAUUAUCUUAAAGCUGCACUGGGCAAAAUUUGUGAAAAUUAUACUCUUUGGACGGAGAACAAAAGGAGCUACAAGCACCCUGUCCUUAGAAAGCUGGACUUGGCAGUAGGGAUGGCACUUUCAGAUAAUUUUGCUGUUGAUAGCCCAACACCCAUUAACUGGUAACUAACCAUCUAUUUCUACAAAACAUAAAAUAGCAUUAAUAGCCUACAAGAGGCCUUUCCUCUUAGUCCACCGUUCCAUUGACACAAUGAGCUUUGGCACCACAUGUCGAUGCACUAUCCAUUUAGAGAGGGUGAAAUUUGAAUAUUUAGUGAUGUUGGCCAUGCUGACAGACACAGACAGGCUUUGCUGUGUUAACCCUCUGGUCACAGGUUGGUUCGCCUUGGCCUCUGCACUGCUACCACAUGAGGUGGGUGGGAAAUGGCUAGCGGCGCUGCUAAUUUAAGAUUACCAAUGGUUCUGCUGCUAUGGAAACAUGGUGGUAAUCCUUUCGGUCUACCUCCAAGAAGCCCCAGUGAGCAAGCAACUUAAGUUUGAAGUGCAAAACGUCUUUAGCAUUGUUAACCAUGUUAGCGCCACUAGCUGUGUUGACACUGCUUAUGGUGCUAACAGAGCUAAACCCCAGCCAACAUAUGAAUGUGGGGCCCAUGUGGGUAGUAAAUGGGCCCUAUGUGGGGCAUAUUAGCCCCAUGCCACUUGCCCACAUGACGGGUUUACCCAAGUGGGCCCCAGAUAAGACACCCACUUGGUACCCGUGUAGCCCUAGCAUAACACCACAUGGGGCAAUCGGCAUGGGGCCAAUACGGAACCCAUGGACAAUCCCACAUGGGGCCCAUUUUUAAGCCCAUUUGUUACCCACAUGGGCCCCACAUACAAGUGUUAGCUUAACAAUGCUAAAAAGGUUUGCAGCUCAAAAUCGAGCUGCUUACUCACCGAGGCAAUCUGGGAAGAGACCAGCGGGUGGGCACAAUGUUUCGACAGCAACACUGUUGCUGGGUCAGAGCGGCACCGCUAGCUAGCUCCUUACAGACCCAGGUGAUGCGAGGUGCAACACUUAGAGAGCAAAAUUGACCAAUAGACCGACAUGCGAAUCAAUGGCAUCGUCAUCCCUACUCGCCAGUGAUAUUUUCUUCCUUUCCCAUUUGGCUGUCUUUGCCAUCACAGACAACACUUACUGCUAUUAGUGCAAAAAUACCUAGUGCAGCUUUAACAAGCAAAGAAAAAAAAGAUGCCUGGAGUAUUGUCUUAUUAAGCUUUUCAAAAGUGAUUUUCAGUUGUUUACUAUGAUUUCUAAAAGCAAAUAUGGCGCCGCUUCAUGUCAUCUUUGACUCCUUGUGAAAAUCUUUUCUCGAUGGAUGACUAUGCUGGAGUCAAUCCAGAAAAAGAGGAGACAAAUGGACAGAGUUGAGCUAGAAAUUCCUACUCUAAGGCACUUUGGGCCACGAUGGGUGCAUUUGUACCACGGCAACAAGGAAACAAGCCACAAAUCAAUUUCUAAUUUUCUUUUCUUUUUUUUUACACCACCUUAUCAGAUAUAGCACUUUGAAAAUCCGUGCAAGUCCACACACACACACACACACACACACAUACUGCAUACACACCACCCCAACUUUAAUCAAUCAUGGUUGCUGGAGAGAGAGCAGAAUAACAGAUGUAUAUUUUGUAAAUUCAUCACAUACCUCCCCUUAUCUUUCCCUCUUCCAUUAAAAAGGAACCAAAGUAGCCAUUGCUGUCUGUUCAGAUGUCUUUACAUAAAUUUUACAUAAGUUAAUAAAUGCUGAAUUAUUUUUUAAAAGUAACAGAGAGGAAAUAGCAUUAUGCUAAUAUUAAAUACAAGAUUCCCUUAAAUGUAGACCUUGUUUUUGCACAUUUAUUCAACUUUUGUAGCUUAAAGAAUUAUUGCGGUGCAAUUAACAUGCAUUUGUGGGAAAGUGUUGUGUUCUGUUUGACUUAUUGUGUUAAUUACUUUUUUUGGCAGCCAGACACGUGCUGGCAUUAUGAUUUCAUGUGAUACAUUAUAUGGGAGUUGUGUUACAGCUGUAGCCCCAGGUUAUUAUUUGAGCUAAGGGGUGAAAAUGCACAUUUGGCUGUGAUAUUUUUCUCCACUUUUCUAUUAAACAAGCUGUUUAGUGAGACGUAUUUGUGCUGGCGUGCCAAUACUCACGAAACAUUCAUUUGCUUUUAACAAAGAGUGUCUUCCCAUUUUAAAAAAAAUAUUCAAUUUUACAUGUCGUUUUUUACACUGAGGUCUGAUCCCAUCGAAUCCACACGCUCUGAAAAGGUUAAAUCACACCGUCCUUCACUACAGUGUUAUUGAGACAGACAUGCACAGGGGGCUGUCCUCAGACUUGUUGCACAUUGAUGUCAAUGGGGUGCACAUCACUCUUUACUUCAGUCAUUGGCUCAAUCUUGAUUUGGAUUUUCCGGGACAAAACAGUCUAAAUGAGAUUCAGCCAUUGACACUCAAAGGUCAAGACCCGUACAACAAAACUUCAAGGGGAUAUUGUCAGUACUAUAUUAUUUGAUUCAAUACUAUUCUAUAUGU